GUUCCUCCGGUUCCGCCGCCGAGCCGAAGCCAGCGCCAACUACCGCCGCCGCAGCGCCGGCGAGGUAUCUUGAGACCACGCUGAGGAUGGCUUCGAGCAGUUCCGCCGGAGAAGUGGGCGGUUCAGGGUCCAAACUUGUGGUUGGAGAUGAAAUACUGCCAAGUUCUGGAAAUGCUAAUAACUCAGAGCAACAGCUUCAUGAUACUGACACAAAAUCACGUGUGGAGGAUGUUUGGAAGAAAAUGAACAGCGGUUUGCCUGUGAAGAUGCCCAAACCUGCGAUGAAUAAACUCAAUACAGGAGCAAAAGAAAAGAAAAGUAAGGCGACAAAUAAUUGGAUGAGCGUUCUGGGCAUUGCACCAAGUAAGGCAUCUACAAUUAAUCAAGUCCCAAACAAUGGGCAACAACAGACACAGCAUGAGACAAGUGAGGAUGCCAAAAAGCUUGCGGCAAAUGCUCUUGCAGCUGUCAGAGAUGCAGCUGCUGCUUCUGGAAAAGGGAAAGUGGAGAUAACUGAGGUAAGGGACUUCGCUGGCAAGGAUAUUGAGAUCAAGAAACUUGUAGACGCCGAUUCAAAGGAAGCGGUUGAGAAGGCUAAGGGAGCGGGUGCAUCCCCGUCUGCCGUCGACAAUAUCCUGGAGCAGAUAAGGAAGAAACAGAAGCUUAGUGUCCUGGACAAGACGAAGAAAGACUGGGGAGAGUAUAAGGUAGAGAACAAGGUGGAGGAGGAGCUGGGCGCUUACAAGAAGAGCUCGAACCAGUACCUUGAUAGGCAGUCGUUCUUACAGAGAGCUGAUUAUAGAGAGUUUGAGCGCGAGAGAGACGCUCGCUUGUCAUUGAUGGCGAAGCGGAAGAGCGAGGGUAUGCAGGAUGAUGAUGUGUAGGCUUGGUUAAAAUAUGCAUCAUCUUUGCCUUCGGAUGUACUUGUAGCGACAUUCUUUCGAGAUAAUGGUACUAUGUUGCGCAAUGUGAAUGAACAAGACACCUAUACAUUUUUGACAAUUCAU